UGCAGAUGGUAACACACCCCGCCUUCGAGUGGACCUUCAAAAGAUAAAAAUGACGUUCUGUCUCCAUCUUUAUUUUUUCCCAGUAUUAUAUAACCAUGGUUAAACUUUGGACAUUAGCAGCGGUGGCAGCAUCGCUCGCGUCAUUUCAGUGUGUUCAAGCCCUCAACUUGGGUGAGGUCGAUCCUCAAACACUUGGCGAUCGCAAGAAAGGAACUUUAGUAGUCGAAUAUUUUAUGCCUAAUUGCAAACGAUGCCAUGAUUUUGGUAAGCUGAUGGUUUCCUUGUCGUCAAUGAUGAGGACGUAUAGCACGUACAUACUUUGAACUCUUUUAUAUUAAACAAUGGAUUCCAUUUGUCCUUUUCUAUCGUAUGAUGGACGACCCCCACCUAAAAAGAACCAACAUGGAACGA